UGGCAUUUUGAUCAAUUCUGCUCAAAUCAAAAUCAAUUUGCGUGCCAUUAUUGCGGAUGCACCUGCUCGAGCAUUUAUUAAGGGAUGUGCAUAUUUUAAUGCUACUCAUGGAUGUAUGAAGUGUACCUGCGAAGGAGAGUUUAGUCCCCUUUCAAAUACAACGACUUUUAAAAGCAUCAAUGCCCCUCUUCGUACUGAUAAAGAAUUUCGAGCCGGAGCUUACCCAGAUCAUGUGAAAGUAAUCUCUCCUCUUUUAGAAAUACCCGACAUCGAUAUAAUAACAGAUGUCAUAAUUUCAGAAUCCCUACAUUUGUUUUACUUAGGUAUAUUGAAAAGACUUUUAUUUGGAUGGAGAGAUGGCAAGUUAGGGAAAUGUUACAAAUGGUCUGGUAUGCAAUGCGAUAGUGUAUCAGAGCACCUAGUAGGUAUAGAAUUGCCAUCGGAAAUACAUAGAAGGUUUAGACGAUUAGAUGAGUUAAAAAAUUGGAAAGGUACUGAGCUAGCAUCAUUUUUACACUACGCUGGAUUGGUGGUUUUGAAGGUACUUCCAUCUGAAGCUUACGAACAUUUUCUGCUACUGUUUUGUGCAGUUACGAUGCUCUCAUCUAAUGAAUUUAAAAAAAAUUGGCACGUAGCUGGUAAAAUGUUGGAAACAUUUGUCAUCCAGUAUGGACAAAUAUAUGGCGAACAAUAUCUUACUAGUAACGUACAUAAUUUGCUGCACGUUUUGGAUGAAGUGCGACAUUUUGGACCACUUCCCUCACUUUCCGCUUUUCGAUAUGAAAACAAAUUACAAUUUAUAAAAAAAUCUCUUCGUGGAACCAAUAGACCUUUAGCUCAGGCCGCCAAUAGAAAUAUUGAACUUCAAAAUUUUUUUACGAUUGCUAAUAAUACAGUACCAUCUUACCCAUUAACUAAGAAUAACAAAACAAACGAUUUAUUAAUAACUUCUGGAUUCCUCUUGCAAAACAACAAUCGAAAUGGUUGGUUCUUAACUUUAGACAAGCAAAUAAUUCGUUACCAAUCUUUUGUUUUCGAUUCUGAAACAGAGAUUAGAAUUGAAGGUUUUGUUUUGCCAGGCAAUAUAGACUAUUUUCAGUAUCCCAUAAAAUCUAAUCAUCUAUACGUUUUUCGGGGAAACCGGCGCGACUUAAGAAAAAAAUCUUCUAUGUUUAAGUUAAGCGAUAUUAAAUGCAAGCUAGCUGCUGUAACAACAAAUGAUGGCGAUGAACAUGUUUUUGUACCUUUAUUGCAUACGUUACGAUGAGUACGAAGUGUGAAUAAAAAAAAACAAUAACAUGUGAAUAAUUA